UUCUCGAGUCUGAGGUUAAAGAAUCGAUUCUCAAGAAAAUCGAAUAGUAAAGAAUCGAAUCAGAAUCGAACAUCCCUAGUAGUAUAUCGUGGAGGCAAAUUAAUGAAGUUAUUGCCUUUAGCGAUACUGAAUUAAUUUCUAAUAAGAUUCUGUUGUAGGGAUGAUGGUAAAGUGUUAUAAGAUAAUUUAAGGCGUUUAAAAAGAAGUUAUCUGAAAAUAGAUAUCGCAAUGAUGAGUUCUCAUCAAAAGAAGAGGGAGAUUGCAGAUCCUAGUGAAGUUCACAAAUUUCCAAAAAAGAAGAGAGAAUGUUCAGAAAAAGAAAUAGAUAGUGAAAAGAAUUCGGAUGUCACGGGGAAAUUAAAAAGGCGUCGAUUGGAGAAGGAUAAGAAAGAACCUAGUGUAACUGUAAGAGCUAAAAAUAUUUUGAACGAAUUGGAAAAAGUCAAGAAAAGGGAAGAACUGCCAGCAAAAACACUGAAAAAGCUGAAAGGAUUAAGGAUAACAUUUAAUCAUGCAGUACCACAGCAACAUAAGAUUGAAAAUCAUGCAGGAUCCAGGCAACCCACUCGGAAGCAAAAAGAAUUAUUUGAACAAUAUGUACCAAUUAAAAGGGGCAUGUAUACUUCAUCUGAAGAUAAAAUUAUCAUUAAAAACUGGGAAGAUUUUUGCAAGCAAUAUAACUGGGAUGUGAAAGAUGUCAAGCCAUUUUUGUACAUGAGACAUAAUAGAAAAAUUUACAUAUGCAGUUUAGAGGAAAGGCUUAAGUUUGUGCAGUUCUUAGCAAAUGGAUUGCCUUCGCGAACUUUGUACAGUGUAUAUCAAAGAUUUAGGAAAUUGUAUGACGGGAAGGUUCGGAAAAGGUACAGUAAGGAAGAGGACAAAACAAUCUUGGCACACAUGCGUAAUAACUCACCAAGCUGUAACAGACAACACGAGAAGUUCUCUGAAUUAGCCGUGUUGUUACAUAGAGGGAGAAAUUCAAUUUGGCGAAGGUAUCAGAUAUUGAAAAGGAUUUAUGGUCUUGACAAUUCACAAGCAUCAAAUAGAAAUGUGUCUUCAAGGAUUCAUUGGACUUUACCAAUGAUUGAAAAGUUCAUUAAAUAUUUACUCAAAUACACCUUAAAUGAGGACAUACAAUACUUAAAAAAUGCUGUAAUCCCAAAGGUUAUUUGGGAAAAAAUGGAGAAUAAAAUGAACAUUGAUUGGCAUUGUUUAAAGAAAUUCUGGUUAACUCAGUUACAUAUGCAACUAUUUUGUAAUGAACCCAUUUACUUGAAUGAUAUCAAGAUAAAAUUAAUUGAGUACUUUUACGCUACAGGGGCCUCAAGUUUAAGAGAUGUAUCAUGGACUACUGUCAAAAGACAUUUCAAUGGAAUGACCUCUACGUUUCUUUCCUACGUAUUUAAUUCUCUUCUUCAAACUUUAAAUUCAGAGAUCAUUUCAAUACAUGAUUGUGAUGUUUUUGAUUAUUUACAUGAAAAGAAAAUUCCACAAAUAAUAAAUUCCCCACGAGACAAAUAUUUACCACGAAUUUCUUUAAAAAAUGGUAAAGUCACGUUCCUCAGCGAUACCACUGAUACUAGAAGAGACUUCAACUGCUAAUGUCUUCUAUUACGGAGGAUCUAUGGUCCUAACGUUGGAACC